UUUUUUUUCAAUUAUUAUUAAUCUUUUACCUUUAUCUUCUUGUCUUCCCUAACAUCUCAUCUUUGACGGUAGGUAGAUCUGAAACGAAGAAUCCCUUUAUCAUCAUCUGUUUGACGUCCUCCGCCGGUUCGUAUUCAAUUCAAAACGAAAAGGCAGAAGGAGGCUGGGUUGUGAGUGUCUAUAUGGAAGCCAACAGUGAGUUGAGAGAUGCAAUCAGCUGGCUUCCUGACGAGGUCCUGGGAAAGAUCUUGUCCUUACUUCCAACCAAACUUGCUGCUUCAACAUCUGUUCUUGCUAAAAAGUGGAGGAAUGUGUUUAGAUUAGUGCACACUCUUGAUUUCGAUGAUUCUGAUUUGGUGAAACCUGAAGAGGGUAAAGAAGAGUGGCCCGUGAUCCGGGAGAGCUUCAGGAAUUUUGUGGACAGAACACUGGCUUUGCAAUGCGGUUCUCCUAUCAAUAACUUCUCUCUCAAGUUUCGCAUUCACGACGUGGACGUGAAGAGGGAAAUGGCUCAUGCGUCCGGCUGGAUAUGUAAUGCACUAGAGCGUGGUGUUUUGGAGAUGAGCCUGAGUUUCAAAAGGAAGUAUAAACACCUUUUUCUACCCUCUGAGCUCUUAACGAGCAAGACGCUGGUUAAGCUGUCACUGGGAACACAAAUUUAUCUUGGGGAGUUUCCUCCAAAUGUGUCUCUUCCAGCGCUCAAGAGUCUCUUCAUCGACACUAUUGUUUUUGGACGUGACGAUCUGUGUGGUGUGCUUCUUCGUGGAUGUCCAUUGCUGGAGGAGUUAUAUGUACGUCACCGCGAGUGUGAAGGAGCCCCAUUCUACAUAUCUAAUCCGACCAUUAAGAAGCUAUCAGUUUACUAUGAGUUUCAGUUUGCAAGGUGGGAUGGUAUGACACUUGACGCCCCAAGUCUUGUGUCCCUUAACUACCGCGAUUUUGCGUUAGAGGAGUACACAUAUGUGAACUUGGCUUCCCUUGUGGAAGCUAGGCUAGAUAUUCGUUACUCUAAAACGAUCAAAGAUCCGGAUCUGUCGGGUCUCAUUAUAGGGAUAAGCAACGUCGAGAUCCUGCAUCUUUCUCCCGCUUCUGCUGAUGUGAUUUCUCGAUGUGUUGAAGAUGGACGACUAGUUUUACCGGUGUUCAAGAAUCUAGUUAACUUAUCUUUUGGGAGUUACAACGAACAAAAUUGGAAACUGCUGCCAUAUCUGCUUAAGCAGUCUCCAAAGGUUGAAACACUGAUCAUCCAGGGUCUGGAAGAUGGUGGUUACACAGGCAAUGUUACUAUUGGUCAGUUCCAAGUCAAGGAGCUGCAUGUUGUUGGUUAUAAAGGAACUGCUAAAGAGCUUCUACACUUGAAGAGUUUGCUUGCGGGAACUGAAUGCAUCCCACGAGUGCGAGUGGUGUUCCCUGAAGAUGUUGUGGUCGAUGCUGCCACAAUUUUUCAAACCCGUAGGGAUCUUUUUACCCUUGUUGGAGUUGUUUCUACCGAAAUCGUAUAUUUCGACUAGACCAUUGCUACUACCCUUUUUCUUCUUUUUUUAUGUGUAACAUUUAAACUUAUUAUUAUUUGCUACUCUUUGUCUUUUAUGUUUUUUACGGUUUUAUUUGAUGUUUUAAUUUUAUAAACACAUAAAACAAUAAAAAUAUUUUUUUAUAUUAA